UGAGGUCUGUCUCUUGCUUUGGAACAUGAACUCUUGUUCUUUGUAUCACUGUGCCCUGCACACCCUGAGUCUGGCAGUGCUUGUUGCUGGGAAUGUCCACCCAGAAUGUGAUUUUAUGGUGGAGCUGAAGAAAAAGGAGGCUGAAUGUCUGGAGGCCCCAGAAGAGCAUGGAAAUGCAACAUCACCAGGUUGCAAGAGAACUUGGGACAAAUUGUUGUGCUGGCCAGAGGCAGAUGCUGGAGAGAUUCUUGCCUUACCAUGUCCAAACAUCCUCUUUCACUUCAUGAAGGAGCCAGCUGGGAUGAUAAAAAGAAACUGCACAAAAAAGGGCUGGUCUGACCCAUUCCCUCCCUACCAUGUGGCCUGUCCAGUAGAAGAUGAGAUUCCUCUUGAAGAACAAUCCUACUUUGCUACUAUAAAGAUCAUCUACACUGUGGGAUACAGCGUGUCCAUCACCUCCCUCAUCAUUGCUGUGACAGUUCUGAUUGCAUUCAGGAGGCUUCGCUGUCCCAGGAAUUAUAUCCAUGUACAGCUCUUUUUUACAUUCAUCUUAAAGGCUGUUGCCAUUUUCAUUAAGGAUGCUGUCCUUUUCCAAGAGGAAGGCAUUGAUCACUGCAGCUUCUCUACAACUGAAUGCAAGAUCUCCGUGGUUUUCUGCCACUACUUCAUGAUGACCAAUUUCAUGUGGCUGCUGGUGGAGGCUCUCUACCUGAACUGCCUGCUGCUCUCAUCCCUUUCUCAUGGAAGAAGAUAUUUUUGGUGGCUGGUUCUCUUUGGCUGGGGUUUUCCAACACUUUUCACCCUUAUAUGGAUAUUAACAAAAUUCUACUUUGAAGACACAGCAUGCUGGGAUAUUAAUCAAGGCUCUCCUUAUUGGUGGCUAAUCAAAGGACCAAUUAUAAUUUCUGUGGGGGUCAAUUUUGUCCUAUUUAUCAACAUCAUCAGAAUUUUGCUUAAAAAGCUAGACCCUAGACAAAUCAACUUCAAUAAUUCUUCUCAGUACAGACGCCUCUCAAGGUCGACUCUACUUCUAAUUCCUUUAUUUGGAACCCAUUACAUUGUCUUCAACUUCCUCCCAGAAUAUACCAGCCUGGGAGUUCGGCUUUAUUUGGAGCUCUGCAUUGGCUCUUUUCAGGGAUUUAUUGUGGCAGUUCUCUACUGUUUCCUGAACCAAGAGGUGCAAACGGAAAUCGGCCGGAGGUGGCACGGGAAGAGAUACGGGUUGGUGCCAGUGUGGAGGAGGACCAGGUGGACUGUGCCCUCCAGCUCUGGGGUGAAAAUGACCACAUCUGUCUGCUGAAAACGGCCACAUCUGUCUGCUGAAAAUGGCCUCAGGCUCUGGAAGGGAAAAAACCAACCAAACAAACAAAAUUUUACCAAAUGUAACUAUUGCAGUUUAUCCUGAGCAAAUUGGAGGAGGAUCUUCCAAUUCUGAUCAUGGGGCUUUUCUGCAGGACAGAUUAAACCCUGACUGAUCUUCUAAAACAAAAUAAUCCUCUCACUGAUAACUCUGCACCACAGCAAAUAUAAAAAUCAUGUGUUCUACUUUACUUCUACACUUUCACUGAUAGAGCACUGUGGUAUUUUCGGGGUCCCCCAUCAAGGGGAGGAAUGAUGAAUCUGACUCCAUGUUCUUAGAAGGCUAAUUUAUUAUUUUAUUAUACUAUAUUAUAUGAAAGAAUGCUAUACUAAACUAUAUUAAGAAUAGAGAAAGGAUACAGACAGAAGGCUAAAAGAUAAUAAUUAAAAUUGUAACUCCUUCCAGAGUCCCAACACAGCCUGACUGUGAUUGGUCAUUAAGUUAAAUCAAUUCACA